AUGCUUUCCUUCCCCAAAUUGGCGCUCUCUGCCCUCGCGGCUACCACGGCCGUUGCAACGGACAUCAACGAUUUCUCUUGCAAGAGUUCCUACAACCCUGUUGUCCUCCUGCACGGUCUUGGUGCGACUUCUUAUGAGGACCUAAACUACAUGCAGUGCUGGCUGCAGGUCCAAGGCUUUUGCACAUAUGCCAAGACCUACGGUGCAUACGAUGGCUUCCCAUUGCUUGGCGGCUUGAAGGCAAUCAACGAGAGCGCCCCUGAAAUUGCGGCCUACAUCAAAGAGGUCGUGGAAAAGACCGGCAAGAGCAAGGUCGACCUCGUUGGCCACUCUGAGGGUGCUUUCCAAUCUCUCUAUGUGCCCAAGUUCGAGGGCGUAGCCCAUCUGAUCGACAAGAUCGCUUCCAUCGCCCCCCCUACCCAUGCCACUACGUUUGCCGACAUUUACGAACUCGCAUACAAGUUUGGCAACGAGUCACGCGCAGCUGUGGGUGAGAUUCUUGAUACCGUCGGCUGCCCUGCUUGCAACGAUCUCGGCCCCGAUGGCCCAGCCGUCAAGCGCUUGAAUGACGGUACCCCUAUUGCGCAGCCUGGCAACCACAUCACUAUCAUUGCGUCCAAGCACGAUGAGAUGGUUACUCCCCCAUCGACAUCGUUCAUCUCCGAGGAAGGCGUGAUCAAUCGCUGGAUCCAGGAUAGUUGCCCACUAGACCCCGUUGGUCACAUUGGUGAGGCCUAUGAUCUGAACGUCUGGCACUUGGUCAAGAACGUGCUCACUUCGACCCCGGACAAGAAGUUCUUGUGUCUGCUUGGAUCACCGGGUAAAUAA